AUGAAGUAUGCGACCUCCAAGGACUCUAAUAAACUUCCAGCUUUCCCUGGGGAUGAUAUUGAAUCUCUCCCCUCCGAUUACGAGUAUAACGAAGGAGACGACUAUCAAGAAGAAGAAAUUGAAGAGAUAUCCGAGAUGGAUUUACUACAACAACUGGACGCAUCAAUCCCUCCCUUACUUUUAGCACAGGAGCUCUUUAAUGAAAACGUUGAUUCCAAAUCUUUUAAGGUUCUUUCUGCAGACAAUGGCAACGAACUCUUCCAUAACGGAUUUACUGUUCUUGAGAACGUGAUUGACCCUUCGAUAAUUCAAACAGUACGUGAGUGGAGCAUACACAUGUUCAAGACGGGCCAAAUGGAUAAGGCCAGUGGGAGGCACGACGAGGAAGAGGACCCAUUUCGAGAGGGUAAUGCUCGUGGUGAUUAUACGAUCUGGGUCUCCCCUGGAUCAAAGUUUUUGGAGCAAUCCCAAGCAUUGAACGAUUGCGUAGAUUGGUUUUCAAAGCAAUUGCACGAUGACCUUGCUAAACUCGUGCACUUGCAUGGAGAUGCAGAAUAUCAAUUGGCAUACUAUCCUCCAGAUUCAAGUCAUUAUGAACGCCAUCGUGAUUCCUUCCCUACGAAUGAUCGUGAAGACCGGGAUCAACGUCGAAUAACCGCAAUUGUAUAUUUCAAUCCAGAGUGGACUCAAGGAGAUGGCGGCGAACUCAGGAUCUUCGAUAAGGGUAUGGGCGAUGAUGGAGAAAAGCAAAUUGAUAUUGCUCCCAAGGCUGGACGCUGUGUACUUUUCCUAAGUGGAGUCAUAGAUCAUGCUGUUCUUCCUUCCUUCAAAGAACGUAUCGCUCUCACUUCAUGGUACCGAUAG